AUGACAAACUACCAGCAACGCAUCAGCGACUUACUUGAGUGCUGCCAAAAUGAAUGGGUCACUCUGGAGGCGCUUGCCAGAGAGCCCAAUGCGACAUCCUCCAUCCAUUAUGCCAGCAAGGAUCUGCGGGAAGGCAUUAAAAAGCUGGUGCAAUUACAGGACAAUCUCGACGACAUAGGCACCAUUGUAGCCAACAAUUCAGAAUGGAAUAAGAAGGCAGACAUACUCAUGGAAGAUGUGCGCAAGAAGCUGCAAUUUGCAUCCAAACUUACAGCCAACGUAAAACCACAAACAAGUCAGUCCUCACCGUUGCGGCUAUCCACCUCCCAGAGCUUUAAAUCAACUACAUUCACCCACAAUACAACUAUUAAUACGCAUAACAACACCAAUGAUACACCUAAUAGCAUAUCCGAUAUCAAGGAAGAAGACGAGGAGGAGGAAGAGGAGGGCGAGGAGCAGUUUUUAGACGCUUCAGAAGAAUUACCCGAACAGGUAGCUUCACCCGUAGAUUUCUCAGUAGAGCCAACGUCCAGCAGCGAUUUCAUCAAGCCCAGCAGGUCCUCUUCUUCAUCAUCGUUAUCAAAGACACAAGAAAGCAAGCCAGCAUUUGGCCGUCGAUCGAUUCUUGCAGACGAGGAUAUGAAAGUGGUGAACAAGGAAAAGAAAAUGAGUAUAUUCCCCUUACUGAAGGGACUCAAGACAUCGCAAUCGACACCAAUUAAUGGAGCACAAGCACAGAUUAACUUUUUCAAGAACGAUAAUGUGGAACCAGAUGCCAAGCAUUUCAUUUUUGCAACAGAUGCCAUUGUGGAUCAUCCUUUGAGAAUUGGCGUAGGAUACGGCAGCUACAUUUGCUACAGUUGCACCAUACUGAGUGAUAAGGGAGCUCCCAUCACAGUGCGAAAGAGAUACUCAGAUUUUGUUGAAUUGCGAGAAGAACUCGUCAAGCAAUAUCCCACCUUAAAAAGAAGUAUACCUAAGCUACCGCCCAAGAAGGUGGUAGGUAAAUUCACACCAGCAUUCGUGGAGCAGAGACGAAGAGACCUUGAGUACUUUUUCAAAUACGUUGUAUUACAUCCUACAUUAGGUGCAAGUCCAAUUGUUAGACAUUGGAUAGCACCUUGA